UCAUGAAAAUAGCGUAUGAUGAUGUUACUAUUAAUAAAAAAAAAAAAAAAAAAACUUUUUUAGUUUUGUUUUGAGAACUAAUUAAAGCCUGCAUAAAUGGAUAGUGAAAAUACUGAGGAAAAUCCAUUGUUUAAAGAUGUUUAUGAAGCUAAACAGAAAUACAGAAUUUGUCCUCACGAAAAAUUUGAUAUUCUUUCCUACGUUCCGGUUAAAUCAAUUUUACAAAAAGGACCCCAAUGUGGUUUGGUUGCCGUGCAAAUGAUUUUAAACACAAUAAUACCAAAUUGUGAUAUUACUAUCGAACAGAUUUUUGAAAAAGCCAAAACAGCCGAAUAUACUUUGAAUGGAGAAAUGUUUAGCACUAGAAAUUUAUCAAAAUUGAUGAAUGACUGCUAUUUAAAUAAGAACCUAGGAGUAGUAUCUUUUGGAACAUUCAAUGAACAAUGUAUAGAUCAUUUAAAAUCAGGCGGAUUACUGCUUGUACCGUAUGAUGCUGAUGGAAAUCAUUCUCCUUGCUUAAAAAAAGGGCAUAAAGCACAUUGGGCUGUCAUAAAUGGUUUAGUUCUAGUUGGUGAAAAACUACUGGUCACAGCUCGUCAUGGAAAGUCGAAACAUUUAGCAAUAUGGGAAUUGGAUGAAUUGUUAGCAAGUAAUAGUCAACUUGAAGAAUUUAGUCCAGAUCGGAAUGCGUCAAAUGUUCCUUACAUUGUACCUGAGAGUGGUCUUGGUGGACCUGAUGGAUUAAAAAAUUUAUGCAUAUUUAUUAAACCUUCUCUCUAAAGUUUCGUUAAAUUUUUAUACAUGCGAAACGAAUAACUAAUCCAAGAAAUACAUUAUCUAGGAAACAUUCAAAGAUGGAGUAGUUAUUUGGUUAAUGGCUUUUGUGAACAUUCAAUAGGCGCAAAAUGAACUUCAUAGAACGGUUAAACGUCAUGGACAUCUGCCAUAAGGAAGAGUCGAAUUCAUUACAACACUGCCAAUUGACGUAAACUGCAAAUUUGGACAUUCUAGUGGGCCCUUUCUUUUUAUACCUUAUAGGAAAUGUAUCAGAGUAUAUUAAGUUUAGUUCCAAGUUUGGAACUCUUAGAAAUAUUGAUGUCCGUCCGUCUGCCUGUCACUACGAUAUCUUAAAAACUAAAAUAUUUAUGGGACUGAAAUUUGUAUAACGUGUUCAGGGCGUGUAAAAAGUGAGUUUGAGUUCGUAAAUGAGCAACAUAUAUCAAUUGGAUCAUGAUCCUUGAUCUCAGGCUGAGGAUCUAAUUUUAAACUAACAAUUAUUUGCUCUACCUCCUAGUUAUACUUACAGAUUUUUUGUACAAAUUUAUUUUUGGAAGUUAAACUAGAAAUUUUGUAAUCAAGGACAUCAAGGUUCAUUUUAAGUUUUGUAUA